AUGAAAGGCACUAACCAGUUUUUCACGUUGAUUCAGGACAUCAAGGAUGACCUCGCUGACUACAACACGUUAAUUGACAGAUUGGAGAAGUUGCAACAGGAAUCUUUGGGCUCAAUUGGAUCCGAAGAGAUGGCUUCUUUCCAAAGACAAAUCGACAACAACAAUAAUACCCUUUCCGACCUGCAGAAGAACACCAUCAAGCCGAAACUGCAAGAGUUGUAUAAAGAGUGCGGGUCCGACACCGACAAGCAGAAGCAAGCCGAGAACUUGACCGCGCAAUUCAGAGCAUCCAUCACCAAAUUGGCCAAGAUUGAAGACAAGUACAACCAGGCCAACAAGCAGAAGGCCAUCAACCAGUACAAGAUUGUGAACCCAGAUGCUACGUACGAUGAGGCUGCCGAGUUCGUUUACACGGUUGGCGACCAACAGGUUUUUGAUAACGCGAUUCGGAUGUCCAACAGAAAGGGUGAGGCCAUGACCGUUCUUCAAGAGGUCCAGGCCAGACACCAGGAAGUUGAGAGAACUGAGAGACUUGCUGCCGAGUUGAACCAGCUGUUUGGCGAUUUGCAGGAGCUUGUUUUCGAACAGGACGUCAUGUUCGACAACGCGAACCAACACGUUGCAGUUGCUCAAGACCACCUUGAGAGAGGUGACGCAAACGUACUCAAGGCCAGGGAUCACGCCAAGAAGGGAAGAAGACUCAAGUGGAUCUUGUUCUGGGUCUGUGUGAUCAUCAUUUGUAUUAUUGUUGCAGCUGUCGUCGGAGGAGUUGUUGGAAGCAGAAGAAACUGA